UUUUUAUUGUUAAGAUUGUUAAGAUAGGGCGAGGGUUAGGGUUACCCCCAAUCGCUUCAACUUAAUUUUGCAGGAGAUAGAAAAGGGAGGUUUUCUCAAAAUCAAUUGAGGAGAAUGGCCGAAUCGAAGUGGAAUAACCUUCUAGGAGGAGAAUUUGCGAUACGGCCGUUAUCAGGGGAGGAGGAGAAGUGGCAAAAACGUCGUUUGGAGCCACCGUUACGCGGAGGAGGAUCUGUGACACGGCCGUUACCAGAGGAGGAGGAGAAGUGGCUAAAACGUCGCUGGGAGCCACCGUUACGCGGAGGAGGAUCUAUGACACGGCUGUUACCAGAGGAGAAGGAGAAGUGGCUAAAACAUUGUUGGGAGACACUAUUCGAAUAAGGGGCUACAAACUGAUGCAGGAUCGAUGAUGAUUGCGAUAGAGAGGGCGGGGCGAGAAAAACUUGCAGGAGGAUGCGUGAAUACUGUGGUACUGGUUGAUGGGAAAAAGAUUGAUUUGGAAAAGUUGAUAUCGAAUCAUGCGACAGAAACCACGAUGUUGAAUCGAGAAAAACUUGCAGAUGAAGGAUGGGUGAGUGUCACACCGGGUAAGAGGCAAAAAUUUAGUCCGGAAUCGGUGACCCGAAAAAAUUCUGUUGACGGAGGAGGAUUAGAAUCUCUGUUUGUGCCCCUGGAUAAGAAGAAAAAGCUUGAACUGGAAUCGCAAAUGCAGAAGCAUAGGGAAGAACAAAUUGCACAAGGUGGAUGCCUCUCGGGGUGGCCUCUAAACCCCUAUUGCACUUGUGAUCCGUCAAGUUCAUGCCAUGAAAACAAAAGCCCGAUUUUCAGUUUGCCCUAUUGCGCUCUGGAGGAGCAUUGCCCUGAUUUUGAGCCAAUUUGGCUCACAUACUAUUGCCAGAAUCGUCAAACCCAUAGUUUUGACUUGGAUGUCCAUCCCGGUCGGUCUUUAGGUGCUGGAAUAGCACCAUAUAAUUUCAAGAAGGAUGCUGGGUUACUGAUGGAACUAGCUAACCGUGCUAUCCAGGAAUAUAAUGAGAAAGAGUGCAAUGUUUUCAAGUACAAAGCUUUGAAGAUUGAGAAGGUGAAUCGUUCGGUGGUGACGAUGUACUUUGAAUAUUGGAUGACUGUGAAAGCCUUAAAUCUCACCCUUGGUACUCCUAUCGAAACUUUUCAAAUCCAUGCUGCUAAAGAUCGCCGCAAUGCUGAUGAUACAAUUAUCUAUUGUUGCCGGCCUAAAGAAGAGGCAACUGAUGGUUUGGCGCCAUACUGCCGAUGUUUGUUUUGGCAAGCUGCGCGGAGAGGCGUGUCAGGGAGGAAAGGAAAAGGCACUUGAACUAUAGCAAUUUAAAUUUGGAUUGUUUGGGAUUUCAUCAAUAUAUAAUUGAAGUUAUGUAAGUUUGGUCUUGGUUGAGAUUUUAUCAUCUGUAUUCUAAGUCUGACCUCUUUGUUAAUUGAAAUAUUUGAUAUAUUAUCUAUAGUUUUCUAAAUUUAGUUUUUGGAGAACAUCUUAAUCUGUAUUUAUAAGCCCCCUACUUUGAGGAGUGA